UAAGAAGGUGUUUAUCCUUCCCAGUUUUGUAGCCAGAAACCUGGGCCACAGGAACUUGCAAUCAGCUCUGUCUGUGUUUUAUCCUUCUGCCAGAAGACACUGGUGUGAAAUACAGGCUACUGGAACUAACCUUCCAGACCUCUCCACAUCCUGCCAUGGCUAUCAAAUUGCUAGCAAGUCUCAGAUCAGAGAGGCUGGAGUGUGAGAAAGUAAGCUUCUGAGGGUGCUUCCAGGAGGAAAAACAGAGCUUACCAAUUCAGAGAAUACCAACAUGUUAUUGCUGGAGGCAAGAGAGAUACAGUGAUCUAACAAUCCUUGAGCCCAGAAGAAAAGCCAGCUUUAACACAGAACAACUAAAUUUUAGGAUGGCCUGGGACUCCUUGUGCAGCCAGGACUUACGGCGGCCUAGGAUAAGAAGUGCCUCCAGCUGGCCGUCUGGCAGUGGGAGCAGCACUGGGACACCAUCCCUGGAGGAGCUGCGGCGCCUGCUCUGCACACGCACACACCCCACAGGGCAUGUGGAUGAAGUCUGGCCAAACCUUUAUGUGGGAGACCUGUAUGUUGCUCGUGAUAAGGCACAGCUGAGCCGCAUGGGCAUCUCACACGUUGUGAAUGCCGCUGCCGGGAGAUUUCGCAUCAACACCGGGCCCAAGUUCUACAGUGACUUGCCUGUGGAUUACUACGGAGUAGAAGCAGAGGACAACCCAAACUUUGAUCUCAGCAUUCACUUCUAUCCAGUUGCUCAGUACAUCAGAGCAGCACUGAAUUCCCCAAGAGGCAAAGUACUGGUUCACUGUGCAAUGGGAAUCAGUCGAUCUGCAACUCUUGUCCUCGCUUUCUUAAUGAUCUGUGAAGGUAUGUCCCUCACUGCUGCCAUUCACACUGUGCGCUCCCACAGAGGGAUCUGCCCCAACUCCGGCUUCCUCCAGCAGCUUCGGGAGUUGGACCUCAAGUUAGGAAGGAGCACAGGCAGAGGAGCAGAGGCCUGCUAGUGCCAAGAAGCUUUGUCUCCUGGUGCCAGCCCAAGAGAUGCUGCCCUCACUGAAGAGUGCAAGGAUGCUGUCUGGACUGCUCUGUAGCUGUAUGGUGAAACUGGGGAAAGGCUGAGCGUGAGCAAACUGUUAGGAACUGUUAGGCAUGUAUUUUUUGCAUAAGCCCACUAACUGGAAAGAAAAUGAAAUAAAGAAGGAUUCAAACUGGCAGUUUUGCUCACCUGGGCCUGUUUAUUUAACUACCUGUUGGGCAGGGCAUAGGGAGCAGUUGGAUUUUUCAUGUAGAAUUAAAAGGCAACAUAGU